AUGACCACGACGAUCCGAGCGUCUUGGAGCGUCUUGAAGCGAGGACGGAGUUGGGAGGACAGAGAUGCUGUUGAGAGUGGCGAGUCGGUGCGGGUUCUCGCGGUGGAGAGGCCGCCUUCUAUUGGCUUGUGGCUGUCACCACCAGUUGACAAUUGUAGGAUUGACAUCGGGCAUGUCAAAGAUGGCGACGACACUGCCAAGGCCAAGACUUGGAUUUGGACUUGGGCUUGGAUACACUGCUUUCCCAUUGCCUUUCGCUUUGCACUCUCCUUUGAUGAAUACAAUACCCUACACCACCGUCUGUGCGCGUCGCAUACCCGUACCGUCUCUCCUAACCGUAAGCACGGCCAGACAGGCAGCCCUCAAAGAAAAGGGUCUAGUGUGCUUGCUUAUGAUGGACGCCAUGAAGGGAGGUCCCAUCGUCAGCAGUCAAACUCGUCCAUUCACAUCCCCCCCAGCUGUGGCGCUCUGCACAAUGCGGCCCCCAAAACAGCCAUUGCACCUUUUUUUUUGCUGCUGUCGUCCAUAUUUGGAAUCCUCAGCAAGGGCGGCCUCCCUGCGUGGCGUCCGUAA